CUGGCGGCGCUAGCGCACGCCAGAUCGUCUGUAUACCUCCUGCGAAUAAACACCAUCUUAGUGUUAGUGCCCCGUAAACGAUGAAGUCAAAGCAUACGGAAAUGUUUAUAGACGAAAACGAAGUGCCGGAGUCAUGGUGGGUCUCGCUGGCGCUGAAGGCGAUCCGAGCGGUCGCGCUCGUGUUCGACGUGCUCACCUUCCCCGUGCACCUGGUGCUGCAGCGGCCAUGGCGCAAGAGGGCCAUGUCCCGCCGGAUCAAGGCCCGCAUAAUCCAAAGCAGCAGCGACAGCGUGACCGUCCGCUCCGUCGCUGAGCCCACCGAGCUCCACCUCCGCAUGGUGCGCGACAACGUGCUCAGCAUGGAGGGCAUGCUGCGCGCCGCCGCCGCUCGCUGGGCUGAGAAACCUGCACUGGGAACCAGGACGGUGCUAGGUGAAGAGGAUGAACCACAGCCUAACGGACGGGUCUUCAAGAAGUUCAAGAUGGGGUCAUAUACGUGGCGGUCGUACACGGACGUGGAGAACGAGGCGAGCCUGUUCGCGGCCGGGCUGCGCGAGCUGGGCUGCGCGCCGCGGCGCAACGUGGUCAUGUUCGCCGAGACGCGCGCCGAGUGGAUGGUCGCUGCCCACGGCUGCUUCAAACAGAGCAUUCCCGUGGUAACCAUCUACGCGACCCUCGGCGACGACGCCAUCGCGCACGGCAUCAACGAGACAGAAGUCUCCACCGUCAUCACCACACACGAACUGCUGCCCAAGUUCAAGAAGAUCCUGGCUAAAACACCCCUGGUCGACACCAUCAUCUACAUGGAAGACCAGCUCAAGUCUACUGAUACUAAGGGAUACAAAGAGGGCAUUAGGAUUGUGGCAUAUAAGGAUGUUCUGGAAAAGGGGAAAUUCUCCAAAAUUGAGUCGGUCCCGCCGUCGGCCGCGGACACCGCCAUCAUCAUGUACACGUCGGGCUCCACCGGGGUGCCUAAGGGCGUCAUCCUCUCCCACCGCAACAUGCUGUCCACUCUCAAGGCUUUCGUCGACGCCGUGCCCAUUUAUGAAAGCGACGUGCUGAUGGGUUUCUUGCCGCUGGCGCACGUAUUUGAGCUGCUCGCCGAGAGUCUUUGCAUCAUCGCUGGCGUCCCGAUCGGUUACUCCACUCCGCUGACCAUGUUGGACUCGUCGAGCAAGAUCAUGAAGGGCACGAAGGGAGACGCCACCGUGCUGAAGCCUACCUGCAUGACCACUGUACCUCUAAUCAUGGACCGCAUCAGCAAGGGCAUCACGGAUAAAGUAACCCGCUCGGGACCCAUGGCGGCUGCUGCCUUCAAGUGGGCCUACACCUACAAGCUCACCUGGAUGCGACGUGGAUAUGAUACUCCUCUGCUUAAUAAAUUUAUGUUCUCUAAAGUGUCGGCGCUGCUGGGCGGGCGCAUGCGGCUGAUGAUCUCGGGCGGCGCGCCGCUGUCGCCCGACACGCACGCGCAGGUGCGCGUGUGCCUGUGCUGCGACGUGGUCACCGGCUACGGCCUCACCGAGACCACCUCCUGCGCCACCGUCGCCGACGCGCACGACCGAUCCACGGGUCGCGUGGGUGCUCCCACUACUGGCACGGACAUCCGGCUCGUCACAUGGGAGGAGGGCAACUACCGCGUCACCAACAAGCCAUUCCCGCAGGGUGAGAUUGUAAUUGGUGGUGGCAGCGUGGCCGAGGGCUACUACCGUAAUCCGGAGAAGACCCGGGAAGAAUUCUUCGAUAUGGAAGGCCGCCGCUGGUUCCGCUCCGGAGACAUUGGGGAACUGCACCAUGACGGAUGCAUUAAGAUCAUCGAUCGUAAGAAGGACCUGGUGAAGCUGCAAGCCGGCGAAUACGUCUCUCUAGGCAAAGUCGAGGCCGAGCUGAAGACCUGUCCCAUCGUCGAGAACAUCUGCGUGUACGGAGACAGCUCCAAGAAUCACACCGUGGCGCUAUUGGUUCCUCAUCCUCAGCACCUCGCUGAACUGGCUGCCAGGGCCGGCAUCUACGAAAAAGACUUCGACAAACUGUGCAAGAACCCCCAAGUGGAACAGCUGGUGGUGAAAGAGCUCGCCGAGCACGCGAAGAAAUGCGGCCUCGAGCGCUUCGAGGUGCCCACCGCCGUGAAGCUGUGCACCGAGGUGUGGUCGCCCGACAUGGGGCUCGUCACCGCCGCCUUCAAGAUCAAGCGGAAAGACAUCCAGGACAGGUACAAGGAGGACAUCAAGCGCAUGUACGCCUCGUGAGCCGCCCGCUAGCCGCCGGCCGCCCGCCGCCCGCCUCUCGCACAAGGACGGCAAACAGGUUAAACCUAGUUAACAUUCAUCAAAUAUAAUUAUGUCAUAAUAAUUGUUGGAGAAAUUCCUUGUCGCUGUGACAUUAGUUGGGACGUUUCAAACUGCGUAUCGAAAGUUGUUUCCGAUGCAGCUGAAUGUGAACGAUUGUACUGUAAUACUAAUUUAAUUCGAUGACAUAUUCGAUAUUCCUUGUUAUAAUUUCAUCAUAUUAAAUACGUUAGUCGAGAUAGUAAAUAGACAGUCUAUAUAUUUAACAGUGAUCUAAAUUAAAUUUGCGUGAAAAAUACUUAAACUAGGUUUAACUUUGCGGUCGCCGUUUUUAUGCAAAAUCUAGUGUUCCCCUGAUAUUCUAGGUCUUUCAAAUCGAUAGUUAAUUCUCUAAUCAUCGUCGGAACACUAGACGUAGCUGUAGGAUACUUAGAUAUUGAAUCGGGUCAUCUGCUCACAUUUCAAUAUGAAAUAUUGUAAUAAUGACAUGUGAGUAUAUGAUUUGCUUGUAAAAACUAGUUUCGUGUCAAACUAAUUAAUGUACCGGUACCGAAAGAUUACCGGUAAUUUUCUGCAGUACCGGAAAUUCUACAAGUGUAGCCACGCGUCGGCAGGUCCGCGUUGUCUUGGCAAUUCGAAACCAUAAUUUAACAACUUCUAGGUCAUAACAAAUGUAUCGCUACUGAUAUCUAUUAGGCAAAAAUGGCUUGUUUCAUGAAAUCUAAUAGUUUUACCAUACUGAUUCUAUUGUUGAUGGCUAUUUUAUGAACGAUAGAGGGCCUUAUGUAUUCUCUUGUCAUAACCAUGAGCUUACAGCGUCAAAAUACCGUAAACCUGAACCGAAACAUCUACAGGUGAGACUAUUCUAACAUCACAUAUUUGACUGUUAUGAAUUCACCCUUAUAGAUAUGACGCUAAGAUCUGCCGUUUAACUGAUAGCCUUAAAGUCAUACAUAUAAGGGUCAAUUUGUAACUGUCAAAUAUAUGAUGUUAAAAUAAUUUCACUGUAAUAUAUUAUGAUAUGACAGUAACCAUUCCAGUGUUAGGUAAACUCAAGCACAUUUAAAAUACCAAUUUUACAGAGUUAUUUAAACGAAGCUUGCCUAUCGUAGACAUCAGUACCCGUACCCGCAAGGUUUCGUGCCGUGCCCAUAGUCGGCGAUUUCUGUACAUAGAUGUUAUAAUAAAUAUUAUAAAGGAUAUGAGAAGCGCCUCUGUGAGGCGACCGCUGUUGUAUUUAUUUAUUUCAAUCGGGACCGUUAAAUUACUCGCGUGGUAAACGGUCCUCGGGACCGUUAGGAAAUGUACAGAUUUCUUCAAUGUAGUUUUGUAUUUUGUAAAUUAUUUAUGAAAAUAAUAGGUAGCUUAGCGGACCGACUAGGCCUCAUUUUUUAUAGAAUUAUUUGUAUAUCGUGCACAUCACAUAAUCUUUUUUAGAUAUGUAAACGUUUUAAAUAUUUUAUGCCAAAUACAGUGUGUAAAGAACGAAAUAGCACCGUAGUAAAUACUAUUUAUACUCGGGGACUUUUUAUAUUAGCUAUUUCUUUGAUAGUUAUAGAUAUUUUCCAGUAAAAGUCAUUUUUAUGUCAAUUUGGUCCUCAUAUAGACAUAGAUUUACUAACGAUGCGAUUUCGUUCUAAAAUAGAAAUCACGCAUUUGAACCCACAGCACCAAACUGUAACAAACAUUCGCAGGAAUCUUCCUUCGGCUCUAAGUUUCUAUAUUAUAAAUUAUAAUAAUUUUGAUAUAAGUGUUGUACAUAUUUAUGUCGAAAUAGUUUUAACGGUAGCAAUGCAACAUGUGUGAAUGGUCUCGAUAUAUUGUAUAGUACAUCGCAACCAUGUUCAGAGAUUUCAUGAGAUUUAUGUAUAUUUAAGACCCUCAUGUCAUAUGCAGAUCUGAAUCAUGUUGAGUGUGUGUGACUGUUUGGAGUUCGGUCUAACAUUUAAGUUAUGGGUUCGUGGCAAUUAUAUAACCGAAUUUAUUGGAUAAAUAAACUUUUUCAUGUCACUACCUGCUAUGGUUACGGUGUGUCACUCUUUAAAUCCUAAGGCAUUUUAAUUAUUUACACAUUUUUAGAGCACCUUACAAAACUUUGAUCGCGGUGCUCUUAUGGGAUCACUUCGGUCUUGUUUGGUAGAUAAGUAUAGCCCCUUUGGGCCGUCUGCUUUACAGAUGGGACAGAAUAACAACAAGAAAUAAUUUGUUAACCCAAUUGUAUAAUUGCCACGACCAAUUUUGAUAAAAACUACAGUUGGUUAGCGUCUCGAGGACGCUGAAUGAGUGAGUGUAAGAACAUGAUUGGACCGCGCUCCGAAUCGACUCGUAAUAAAUACUGAAAUUCUUUAGAGUAAGUUAAUUGUUAUAUUAGGGGCGGGGAUGUUUUGCUGCUGUUGAACUUUAAUAAUAAUUUUGCAAUAAUAGUUUCGAUUAGUUCGGGAUAUAGCAUGUAAUGCAUUAGGGUAGCUCAGUUGCGUUAUUUUAGCCAAAUCGUUUUAUGAUUUAGGAUCGUGGGCGUCCGCCCUUAAAAUUGUUACUUAGUUUUAUAUUUAUCAUGGCUAUUAUGCAUUUUAUUUCCGGGCGCAUUUUGCUGAGCAUUUACUCACCCCAGUUUGGUAUUUCGUAUAAUGGAAUUUAAAAAUCAAUGUACCUAUACCCGUGCAUAGAGUAGGUAUAUGUUACCUAGCUGUACGCAUAUUCCAUCGAUGUAUUUAAUGUGAACAUGAUUGUUACUAUAAUAGGUAGCAUCAUAUUUUUCGAUGUAUGUAAUCGUUUUGAAUAACAAAAUGGUAUUAGCAAGUUAUUGCUCAGUUUAUGUGACUGCAUUUUAUUUGAAAUUCUUAAAAUACAAUUGAAAACAAUAAAUGUUAAUAAAAUCAUUA